GAAAAAAUGACAGCAGCAGUGACGCGUAACGUAUUGGUACUUGGAGGAUCUUAUGCUGGUGGACGUGCUGCUCGUCUUCUCAGCCAGCAAUUACCACCUACACACAGAGUCAUCCUCAUAGAUAGAAACAGCCACCACAAUCACCUUUACGUUUUUCCACGCUACGCAGUAGUAAAAGGUCAUGAGCACAAGGCUUUUAUUCCUUACGCAAAGUUUGAGAACAAGAAGACCGAUAGCGCCUCGGCUGAGAGCAAAAGUUUGAAGCCGGCACAAAAGGUCUUAUCAAGACCACACCUUAGCAAAGAAAUGCACAGGGUAGACAGUACUUCAAACAUUUUAUUAGACAGUGGUCCACAGAACCCAACUGACGGUAAAGAUCAUAUCAUCCUUCAUGCAGCAGUAGAAAGCAUUGGUCCAAACUCAGUCACACUUAGCAAGGAGUUCCCAGAGCAUGACCUCACUAACGUUGUUGAGUUUGACUACAUGGUUUACGCCUUGGGUUCUAUUAUGCCAGUAAGUUUGCAAAUGGACCAAAAAACUCUCAAAGAUGGUACAAAAGCCAGUGGAAUUGAAUGGCUUCAACAUCGUCAAAGAGUUAUAGAACAAAAUGACAGAGUUGUCGUCGCUGGUGGUGGUGCACUGGGUAUCCAACUUGCAACUGAUAUCAAGAACACAUAUCCAAACAAGACGGUCACACUUAUACACUCACGUGAUAGAUUGUUGCCACGUUUUGAUGCUCAAAUGCACGAUAUCAUCUUCGAGUCACUCACAAAACUCGGCGUUGAGACCAUCCUUCAAGAUCGUAUUGAAUUAGGUAGCAACACCACCCUUGAUUUCGAUGGACACGUCGAAGAGAAGAGAGUUUUCACUCGUGCAGGUAAGAGAAUCGAAUGUGACUUGGUUUUGAUGUGUACAGGUCAAAAACCAAACACAGAAUUGAUUAGACAAUUAUCACCAUCAUCAAUCGACCCACAAACAAAUCUAGUAAAAGUUACGAGAUCAAUGCAGCUGGCUGCACUUGAAAAAACAGAAGAUAUCCCAGAAAGUAACGCAAAGAGGGACAUCCUUACAAGCUUAAAGGAUAGCUAUGAAGGAUUACAAGCAUCAAAAUAUCCUCACAUCUAUGUAGUCGGUGAUGCGGCUGACGCAUACGGCGCACUUCACGCUGGCCACACUGGUUGGAAUCAAUCUGAAUUUGCAGUCGGAAAUAUAAUAAGACAAAUUAAUGACGAAAAAGAUGAUCCAAAGUUAUAUUACGCAGGAAAACCAGCUAUUAAGCUUACAACAGGUUUGAACUCUGCAGUUAUACAAUUAGGUGACGACAUAACCGUUAAUGACAACUGUCCAAUAGAUUUAGACGCAGCAAGCGCUUGGAGAUUCUCUGGUGCAGAUACAACUGAUAUGAGAAUUUAAUACUUUUUUCUUUUUCACAUUUUUCUUGUAAAACGAUAGUAUAUUAUAUAAAGAG